ACUAUAGAUUUUCAGUACUGACAGCAAUUUUGAAACACAGCCUAUAUAUUACUCAAUCUGUAUUUAUUUAGAAAUAAACCUACUUUACAUUAUAUAUUAAUUAUGCAUGUAAUAUAAAUAUGAUAGAAAGAAAAUAUAAUAGAAAUUUUUUAAACUGGGAUCUUGGGGUUUUAAUAACCACAAAUAAUGUAAUUAACAAAUAUAAUAAACAUAAUAAAGUAAAAUUAUUGUAAGGAUAAUUAUAAAUUUUAAAAAUAUUAAAUAAUGGAAUAUUAAUGUCAAUUAUUUUAUUAAAUUCUAUAGGUUUUAUUUCAUUGAUGUUUAAGAUACUCAAUAUUUAUAGAAAAAUUGACUUUGCAAGUUAAUUUUACUAAAAGAAUUUAUUUUAUCCUUAAUCAAUAAUGCAGACAUGGUAUUUAUCGACUAUUAAAUUUGUUUUUUAAAUCCUAAAAUUGAAAUUUUUCUACAAACAUUUGUUUAUUUAUUUGUACAUGUCAGAGUCAGGAAUUAUUUAAAAUUAAUAGCAAUCAUAUUGUGACUUACAAAUCAAAAUCAAUGUGAAUAGAUGAAUAUUAAUCCAAAAAAAAUCAUUAAAGGAUGUUGCAAAUAUUAAUUCGUAAAUCUUAUUAUAAACUUUUAAAAUUUCACAAUCAUGCAUUGUACUCGCAAAAUCGACAAUUGGGUUACAUCAACACUAUAACACGAAAAAAAUCGAGAGAUAGCAAUUGCAAUCGAGAAGAAGUGUGUAUCGACAAACCGAUGAAAUGGCCGAGCGGAAAGAGGGCCAAGUUUGAUUUUCACGAAGAAAUUGAAGCUGUGAUGAACGAGCAGAUAAACGUAGAACUGAUGGCGUUUUAUUAUUAUUUAUCAAUGGCUGCAUAUUUCGGUCGGGUAGACGUUGCUUUACCUGGUUGCGAAUCAUUCUUCACACAAAUGCAUCAUGAGGAACAUGAACACACCUUGAGAUUUUUGAAUUAUAUAAAAAUGCGAGGUGGAAAGGUGCAUUUGGGUACUAUAUCGCCGCCAGAUGAUCAAGAUUGGAAAUGCCCAUUGCAUGCAUUCAAAACGGCGUUGCAAUUAGAAAUCGAAGUUAGUAGAAAACUGGUCGCAGUAAACGCUAUAUCAGAGAAGCAUGGUGAUCUGAAUGCGAGUGACUUCAUCAUCACUGGCUUCAUGGAGGAUCAAAUGAAAAGCGUAAAUGAAUUGGGGAGAUUAAUGACCGUGCUAUCGGGCGUUGGAGAUCAUGCGUUAGCGCGAUUCGAAUUUGAUAGAGAUCUACUCAAGAACUAUGUCAUGCCCAAUUUCAAUGUUCUAAAAAGUAAAUCCCAACAAAGAAAGCAAUUCAAGAAAUAGCUGCAUACAAAAUAUCCUCUUAUAAAAUUGUUUUUAAUGAUAUACAAUGUUUCUGUACAUUACAUUUACAUAUACUAUCGUUUUUUAUUGCAUCUAUAUAAUUCCAACUCGUUUAAAAAAAAAUUUUGUUUUAUCAAAAAUUGUACUUUAAUUAAAAUUGGCGACUAUUAGAAUAUGCUGUUCAUAGUCCAAUUUAUUAAAAAAAAUGGUAUUUAUUCGAUUUCAUAUAUUUGAGAGUGCUUAAAAUAUCGGACAAAAACUAAUUAUUGAAAAUCAGAAUUCAACCAAUUAGCGAGGAAUUAAAGGGAAUAACCAAUCGUAUUAACGAAUCACUGAUCAAUGAUUACGCUGUUUUUCUAUGAACGUAGCCAAUAGAAACGCACAACGUAAGUUUUCCUACAUGCGAACGGGCAAAGAUGCAAUAUGGCCGCUACGAUCCCGAACGUCGUUGAUUAAGUUGGGUGAUCGACGAGGGGGGUCAAGGUAUUUAAUCAAGGCUGCGAUUGUUCACCGCUGACAGUGCACGUUAAUUAUUCGCGUUCCAGCACCAUUAAAUUUGCAGUAACGAGAAAGAUUCGUGCUUUGCUGCCACCUACUUCCGGGACAUCGGAUGUUCUUUCUGUCUCCAUUUCUUCCUUUAUCUC